AUGGAGUGUUACUACAUUGUCAUCAGCUCCACGCGUCUCAGCAACGGACACUUUCGCAACAUCAAGGGAGUUUUCCGGGGCCCUCUCAGCAAGAACGGGAACAAAACUCAGGACUACGCUGAGAAGGAGAAUACUAUCGCAAAAGCUCUGGAGGAUCUGAAGGCCAAUUUUUACUGCGAACUCUGUGACAAACAGUAUUACAAACAUCAGGAAUUUGACAACCACAUUAAUUCAUAUGACCAUGCUCACAAGCAGAGGCUCAAAGAACUGAAACAAAGGGAAUUUGCUCGAAAUGUAGCAUCUAAGUCCAGGAAAGAUGAAAGAAAACAGCAAAAGGCCCUGCAACGCCUGCACAAGCUGGCUGAGCUAAGGAAGGAAACAGCAUGUGCUCCUGGAAGUGGCCCCAUGUUCAAAUCAACAACUGUUACUGUGAGAGAAAACUGUAAUGAAAUUUCUUCAAGUGUUGUUGUGGAUUCAGUAAAUAACCAGCAAGAUUCCAAAUACGCUUUCAUUCAUAGUGAUGAGAAUACGAAAGACGUUGUUGCUGCAGACCAAGAAAACACAAAUAAUUAUACAGAAAAAAAUAACCAAGUCGGAGAUCAGGCCCAGGGAAUUCACAGACACAAAAUUGGCUUUUCUUUUGCAUUUCCAAAGAAAGCAUCCUUGAAGCUGGAGUCCUCAGCUGCAGCAUUCUCCGAAUACAAUGAUGAUGCCUCUGCGGAAAAAGAACUUAGCAGAAAAAGUAGGUUCCUCCCUGGCGCUUGUCACCUUCACCUGUCUUCACCAGCAGAUGUGCUUUUGAGUUCUGAGGAGAAAGCUGAUGCCUUCCAUCCAAUGGAGGUAAUGUGUAUUGACAAAGAAACUGCUCAAACUCCAGAAAUGAAAGAGACCACUAGUGAAAAAGAUUCUCUGCCAUUACCUUCAUUUUGCCAACUUCAGCUCCCUUUAUCUUCUGAUGCAGAUAAUUGCCAAAAGUUAGUCCCAUUAGCAGAUCAAAUAUCACUGGAAGAUGUUGUUUUUAUGAAAGAAGACAUACCUAUGAAUUGUAAUAAUUCUGAGUCUUUAGGACACAAAUCCACAACUCUCGAUCUGUCUAAUGAUUGCAUGACUGUGCAACCUCCCGCAGAGGAAAACAUUAAGGAUAAUGAUGUAUCUAUAAAUGAGGUUGAAAAUAAAAAUGGUCCUGAGACACUGACCUCUUCAAAUACUAAAGAGGAUAACCUAAAUGUACAUAAAAAAACAGAUUUCCAAAAAAGACAAUGUGAACCAUUUGUACCUGUACUUAACAAACAUGGAUCGACCAUUCUUCAGUGGCCAUCAGAAAUGCUGGUCUACACAACUACAGAACCAUCAAUUUCCUAUAGCUGUAACCCUCUCUGUUUUGACUUCAAGUCCACUAGACUAAAUAAUAAUAUAUAUAAAAAUAAGAUGCCCUUAAGUCAUCCUGAUUCGGAGGAGAAGGGAGAAGAUGUCUGCAAGACAUCAAUUUCAGAUUACAAGAACCUUUCUAUUGUAGAAGUCACUGAUUGUGAAAUUAGAGGUAGCAGAAAUGAGUGCACCCAAGUCACUCCUCUUUCAGCUGAUGAUAUUCUCUCUACUAGUUGUGAAUCUGGAAAAAAUGAGAAUAUGGGUCAGAAAUAUAAAAAUAUUUCCUGUAGAAUAAGGAAAACAGAAAAGUAUCAUUAUACUAAAAAUCCAAUGAAACAUGACAAUCUAGAUAAGAAAUGCAAUAAAAUAAAGUUGAAAGAUAAUCAACGCUGGUUCCAUAAAAGCAGAAGAAAGAAAAAGAGAAGAAAAUUAUGUCAACAUCACCAUAGAGGGAAAAACAGUGAAACAGGAACUCACCACAAAAUGGAAACAGAGAAUAGUUGUAGCGAUACAACUAGGAAGAACCCACUGGAACCAAUUUCAGAAAAACACUGUUUAGCUGCAGAGCAGUUACUUGAUUCACAUCAGUUACCUGACAAAAGGCCUGUAUCAGCAUCCAUAUACUUAAAUGAAAAUGAAGAAAUGUCUAAAAUAUGGAACACUGAAUUCAAUGAUGAUGAAUCUAUCAGCUCCAGGAAACACUGCAAAAAGAACACAAUAGUUCUAACUGGACAAUCAAAUCCAAAAAUAAUACAUCCUGGGAAACAAAAUUUAACAUAUUCCAGAACUUAUUGUUGUUGGAAAGCGAAAAGGUCGAACUACAGACAGGAUGAGCAAUGCUUAGUUCUUCAAAAUGACAUGAAAUGCACGAGUCCGAAUCAGGCUGUUAAAAGAGGUUACAAUUCUGUCACGAAUGAAUCAGAAAGAUUCUAUCGAAAACGUAGGCAACAUUCAUAUUCUUAUUCCUCAGAUGAAAGUUUAAAUCAACAAAGUUGUUUGCCAGAAGAAUUUCUGAGGCCCCCAAGUUCUUCAGUUACUUCCUGUAAGCCUAAGAAGAAACGGAGGAGAAAAAGAAGCAAAUUCCACACUGGAUUUGAAACUUUGGAAAUCAAAGAAAAUACAGAUUUUCUCAUGAAAGACAGUUCUUCACUAUGUCACCUGGAUGGGUUAGCAGGUGAAGACAAGGAAGAAGAAAUAAAACCACAAGAAGUUGCAAAUAUUGAAAGGAACUCAGAACAAACCAACCAAGUAACUAACCAACUAGCGUUGCACCCUAGCGAUGGCCUUCAUCCUGAAACCAGUGGUGUUGCUGAGAAUUCAGUAACAGAGACUACUACAGGUGGUUUAUCAGAUGUUUCUAAGAAACCCACUACAUCUAUCUAUGUCUCUAGUGCCCCAACAAAAGAAGCAUUUGACAACACCUUGCAUGGUCACAAAGAAGAAAGUGAGACUAUAAAUAUUAAUGAGAAGCAAAUUCCUUUCAAGGUGCCUAAUAUUGAAAAGAACUUUAGACAAUCGCAGUCUAAGUCAUACCUUUGCCAUUAUGAACUGGCUGAGGCCCUUCCACAAGGAAAGGGGAAUGAGACAUCCCCUGAGUGGCUUCAUUAUAAUUCAGGAAUCCUUAACACACAACCACCAUUACCAUUCAAAGAAGCACAUGUCAGUGGUCAUACCUUUGUAACAACUGAGCAAAUCUUGACUCCGAUAGCUUUACCAGAACAAGCACUAUUGAUCCCAAUAGAAAACCAUGACAAAUUCAAAAGUCUACCAUGUGAGGUCUACCAGCACAUUAUACAGCCGAACGUGUUGACCAACAAGGUCAAGCUUACCUUUCCUCCAGCUGCCCGCCCACCCCCUGGCGCACCUCUGCAGCCUUUGCCUUUGCAGCAGCCCUUAUGUUCUACCUCCGUAACCACGAUCCAUCACACUGUUUUGCAGCAGCAUGCUGCAGCUGCUGCAGCCGCAGCCGCAGCCGCAGCUGCGGGGACCUUCAAAGUGCUUCAGCCACACCAACAGUUUCUUUCCCAAGUCCCAGCUCUCCCCAGAACAUCAUUACCUCAGAUCUCAGUAGGACCAGUAGGACACAGGCUUUGUCCUGGUACUCAGCCGACUUUUGUUGCUCCUCCUCAGAUGCCAAUCAUCCCAGCUUCUGUUCUUCAUCCGAGCCAUCUGGCCUUCCCACCUCUGCCCCAUGCUCUCUUCCCUUCACUGCUUUCCCCACACCCUACUGUCAUUCCUCUGCAACCCCUCUUCUAG